GCUUGGCUCAGUGUGACUGAGCCACCUCGAGGGCCUGACAGACUCUGAGAUGACAAUAGGCAACAUGGAGAAUGUGGAGGUCUUCACUUCCGAGGGCAAAGGCAGAGGUCUGAAGGCCACGAAGGAAUUCUGGGCUGCGGAUGUCAUCUUUGCUGAGAGGGCUUAUUCUGCAGUGGUUUUUGACAGCCUCAUUAACUUCGUGUGCCACACCUGUUUCAAGAGGCAGGAGAAGCUUCAUCGAUGCGGGCAGUGCAAGUUCGCCCACUACUGCGAUCGCACGUGCCAGAAGGAUGCUUGGCUGAACCACAAGAACGAGUGUGCUGCCAUCAAGAGAUACGGGAAGGUGCCCAACGAGAACAUCAGGCUGGCAGCCCGCAUCAUGUGGCGGGUGGAGAGAGAGGGCACUGGGCUCACAGAGGGCUGCCUGGUGUCAGUGGAUGACUUGCAGAACCACGUGGAGCACUUUGGGGAGGAGGAGCAGAAGGAACUCCGAGUAGACGUGGAUACGUUCUUGCAGUACUGGCCACCACAGAACCAGCAGUUCAGCAUGCAGUAUAUCUCACACAUCUUUGGCGUGAUCAACUGCAAUGGUUUCACUCUCAGUGACCAGAGAGGGCUGCAGGCAGUGGGCGUGGGCAUCUUCCCCAACCUGGGCCUGGUGAACCAUGACUGCUGGCCAAACUGCACUGUCAUAUUCAACAAUGGCAAGAUUGAACUCCGGGCCCUGGGCAAGAUCUCAGAAGGCGAGGAGCUGACGGUGUCCUACAUCGACUUCCUGCACCUCAGCGAAGAACGCAGGCAGCAGCUGAAGAAGCAGUACUACUUUGACUGCUCCUGUGAGCACUGCCAGAAGGGACUGAAGGAUGACCUCUUCCUGGCAGUGAAGGAAGACCCCAAGCCCUCCCAGGAAGUGGUGAAGGAGAUGAUACAAUUCUCGAAGGAUACUCUGGAAAAAAUAGACAAGGCUCGAUCCGAGGGUUUGUAUCAUGAGGUUGUGAAGCUGUGUCGGGAGUGCCUGGAGAAGCAGGAACCAGUGUUUGCUGACACCAACCUGUAUGUGCUUCGGCUGCUGAGCAUUGUGUCAGAGGUCCUCUCCUACCUCCAGGCCUUUGAGGAAGCCUCACAUUAUGCCAGGAGGAUGGUGGAUGGCUACAUGAAACUCUACCACCAUAACAAUGCCCAGCUGGGCAUGGCUGUGAUGCGGGCAGGGCUGACCAACUGGCAUGCUGGUCACAUCGAAGUGGGGCAUGGGAUGAUCUGCAAAGCCUAUGCUAUUCUCCUGGUGACCCAUGGACCCUCCCACCCUAUCACCAAAGACUUAGAGGCCAUGCGGAUGCAGACAGAGAUGGAACUGCGCAUGUUCCGCCAAAAUGAAUUCAUGUACCACAAGAUGCGCGAGGCUGCCCUAAACAACCAGCCCAUGCAGGUCAUGGCUGAACCCAGCAAUGAACCAGCCCCAGCUCUGUUCCACAAGAAGCAAUGAGGACCUUGUUGGAGGGUGGGGGCAUUGUGGCUGGAGAGCUGAGGAAAUUACUACUCUGUGUCUCUGACAGUCAUUUUGGUUCAACUCAACUCAGCUUAGUUCUCUCUCAUUUCAGACCAACUCUUUCUAUAUGUGUUGGGUGCUAGAUUCCACCAUCUAUUUAAUAAAGAAGUCCCAAAUAUAAUUGGGCUAGAAAGAAAAAUGUAAACAAACAAGGCACAGCAUAAUAGUAAAUACCACAGUGAACUCUACGGAGAGGGUUUCAGAGGAGGUGUGUGUGUGUGUGUGUGUGUGUGUGUGUGUGUGUGUGUGUGGUGGGAGUAACGGCUGAGCUAAGAGUGGCAGGUACCUAGAAUCUCAGGUGACUGCUUGUUUAUCUGUGCAGGCAUCUCAGGGGCUGCUGGUUUCAUCUACAGUUAUGAAUAUUUAGGGUUUGCAGACUGGGAUGGGUGAUGUCCUGUUUCCUCAGGCUGGGGUUGUGUUUGGCCCUUUGAGAUCUACUCAAAGGUGCCUAGAAAGAGGCAGGGAUCCUGAGAUCCUGUGGUCUUAAUCCGAGCUUGAAGCAUAGCUUUAGAAUAACUCUAGA